UACAGGACAAUGCACGAUUCCAAGAGAAAAUAACCAGAAACACGAAGAGAGCAGACAAAGUUCUACAUUUAAAUGCUCAUCGGUAGUCUGUUUAUCAAAAUGCCAUAACUAAGUAAUGCGGUGCUAAAUUAAUGUGAAAUGACGUCAGAAACUACUAAAACCCUUUCAACUAUUGUACCGCGAGGUGGCAAGAUAUGGGCAGCAUUAUGACCAUAUGUGCCCAAACUGCAGAAGGAAACAAAGGUCGGGAUAUGUACAAGCAAAUAUGGAUAACCUGGAAGAAGAUCUUACAUGUUCAGUGUGCUACUCGCUGUUCGAUGACCCCCGCGUGCUGCCGUGUUCCCACACUUUCUGCAAAGGUUGCUUGGAAAAUGUUCUUCAUGUAUCUGUCAACUUCUCAAUAUGGAGGCCCCUAAGAAUUCCACUCAAGUGUCCGAACUGCAGAAACAUUGUGGAGCUCCCUCCAACAGGAGUUGAUUCCUUGCCAAUAAAUGUGUCCCUGAGGGCCAUCGUAGAAAAAUAUCAAAGAAACGAUCAACCAAAAUCAGCCUUGUGUCUGGAACACCAAGGACAGCCGUUGAAUGUCUAUUGUCUGCGGGAUCGUCAACUGAUUUGUGGAUUGUGCCUGACUGUAGGCCAGCACCAGGGGCACCCUAUAGAUGACCUGCAUACUGCCUAUGUCAAAGAAAGGGAGACUCCAGGGAGGCUUGUGAAGCAGCUGACUGAUAAACGUUGGGCUGAAGUGUGCCUUCUGGUGGAAAGGCUAGAGGAACAAAAAGUCAAAUGUGAGAACACAAUAAAGCAUGAUAAGGAGGCUGUAAUGCAGUACUUUGAGAAGAUUCAUCAGAUUCUGGAAAGCAAAAAACAGGCUUUCCUAGCCGUACUGGAGGAGGCCAGCGCUGAAGUUUCGAGUGAGUUUGACCCACUUAUUAAACAGCUCAAAGAUAUCAGGGAAGAACAGCUGGAUCUCAUUUCAUAUAGCAUAGCUGUUGAAGAGGAGUCUCCUCUGGUGUUUCUUGAGAAGAUUCAUACCUUUCGCAGAAGAGUUGCUGCCCUGACAAAAGCAGGUCUGCCUAAGGUGGUACCUUUGGAGAUCUAUCCAAGGGCAGAAGAGUUUCUAAAACAGAAGUGGUCAGGAAUUACCAUUGGGAAGAUUGACAAAGUGCCAAUACCCAACAUCAAUUGCUGUUCUGUGUGGUGCACAAGAAUCAUCAUUGGUAAAAAUUUAAACAGACUGUGGGCUUCCUUUAUUCAUUGGUGGAAUCCAUUUGUGCUCUUAAUAUUUUUUCUGCUACUAAGCCUAUUCUCAGUUGAAGUGUUAUUUAGCAAACAUUUUUUUGCUAUUCAGUUCAACAACUUUUCAGUCAUUCCUCAAAUUAUGGUUAAACAUUGUUUAUAUGAAACGACUGCUGCUGCUGUAUACCCUGUGCAGGAGGGAGUUGUUUACCUGUACUCACUUAUGGUGAACUUUCUCUUUUACAUCGAGGAAACAGUAAAACUUUGUUGCCUCUAUCUGUAAGAUUUUUUCUAAUUAAUUGAACAGUCAAUACUAUAUAAAAUGUUCUAUUAACAUUUGUGUGCAAAUAAUUCCUCAAAGAACUCUUGUUCAUUUAGGAAAUUAGCAUAUUGAGUUUCUCUCAAAGGCAUUAGGUAGAAGUCAUUAUUAUUAUUCUUAUUAUAUUGGGUUAUGCUUAUAAUGGCAAGCUUGAAAAACAAAACUGGAGGCAUAACAGAUCAUUUCAAAUGUAUUAAUUGUAAAUAUCCAAUUUGUAUUAGACAAACUGUUAAUGCAUUGUAGUUUAUGAUAAUCACUUUAUAUCCCACCUUACUGUUUUUAACACGCGCAUCAGUCUUAUCUAUGGUUUUGUAGCAUUUAUACCAAUGUAUGUUGAUUUUCAGAAAUGUUAAUUUACACUUAGUUACCAGGAAAUACUGAUUAAUAUUUACAUUUUACAUACUCCAUAUGAGAUUAUAGUAUUUUGUUUUGUAAAAACAACCUAAAUAAAGUUUCAAUUUCUACAAUACCAAAUGUUAAAGUUAUAGGUAUAUCCAUUUUUAAAAGUGCCAAUUAUACUAGCAUUAUUUAUUUACUUUUUAAAAACCUUUCUGCUGCAGUGCUGGUUAAACUACGUUCUCAAAUAGAGGCUGAAAAAGCAGGAAACCUCAAUGCAAUUACCUAGGCUUCCAGAUCAUGAACCCAAGUGUUUUGUUUUUUUCAGGCCAAGUUCCCGUUUCUAGGUUUUUAUACCCAUUUCUAUAUAGUACUUAUAAAUGAUGCAUUCUGACCGAUAACACGGUCACUGUUGAAAAUGAGACUAAGACAUGAAAUGUUACAUAAUUUUAUUUCAUUAUUCCUGUUUAUUAUAAAACGGCUUACUUGACAGAUCAACAAUCAUAUACUUCCUGGUAAUCAUCAUUGUAAAAUUAAUUGAUGAAAAUGAACUGGAAGUUCACAAACCGUAUGCAUUUCUCUUCAGUGUAAAUAUUGAAGGACAUACCUAUGAACGCUCAAAAUGCCAAAAUCCAAGCUGUACAUUAAUGGGAUAGUUUCUGUGUACAAAUAAAAUAUUAGCCAUCCAUUCUAUAAACCAGAAAACAUAGUGAUCCUGGUGAGAUUAACUGCUGGCCUUUUGAUCUAAUUAAAACAUGAAAGUUAAAUUCCAUACACUGGGAAUCACACAAAUUAUGUUAAUUGAAGACUAAAAAAGUUUAUAUUUUUAUUGCUGAAACACAAAAGAUUUGUAGAUUGAAAGAAAAGCAGCAUUAGCAGAAUCAAAAUAUUCAUGUUUGAGGAAUACAAACAUCAACAGACAAUAUAUACAACACAAAUACAAAAGGGUAAGUGGCAGUCAAACAAAAUCCCUUCCAAAUUAUAACACAUUCCUGUUAUGAGAAAUCCAGCAUUUUUAUAUUUCUUC